AUGCCCACCAACGGGAACAAGCCGCUGAAGCUGCAGUUCGGCCUGAUCAACCACGAGGGCCGCUACCUGACCGCCGAGGCCUUCGGCUUCAAGGUGAACGCGUCGGCGCCGAGCCUCAAGCGCAAGCAGCGCUGGACGCUAGAGCAGGACGAGCGCGACGCGCAGGUGGUCUACCUGCGCUCGCACCUGGGCCGCUACCUGGCCGCCGACAAGGACGGGCGCGUGACGUGCGAGGCCGAGUCGCCCGAGGCCACGGCCGACAGCCGCUUCCUGAUCGUCGCCCAGUCCGACGGCCGCUGGGCGCUCCAGUCCCAGCCGCACCUGCGCUUCUUCGGCGGCGGCGCGGACCACCUGUCGUGCUUCGCGCAGGCCAUCGGCGAACGGGAGCUCUGGGCCGUCCACCUGGCACUGCACCCGCAGGCCAACCUGCUCAGCGUGGCCCGCAAGCGCUACGCGCACCUGUGCGGGUCCGAGGGCGAGGUGGCGGUGGACAGCAACAUCCCGUGGGGAGUGGACGCCCUCCUGACGCUCGUCUACCUGGACGGCAAGUACUGCCUCAAGACCAGCGACAGCCGCUUCCUGGGCAACGACGGCAAGCUGACGGCCGAGAACGGACGCGCCACCGGCUACACGCUGGAGUUCAAGUGUGGCAAGCUGGCCUUCAAGGACUGUGAGGGCAAGUACCUGACGCCCAUGGGCCCCACGGGCACGCUGCGCUCUGGACGCUGCUCCAAGCCCGGCAAGGACGAGCUCUUCGACCUGGAGGAGAGCCACCCGCAGGUGGUGUUGCAGGCGGCCAACAACAGAUUUGUCUCCAUCCGACAAGGAGUGAACAUCUCAGCCAAUCAGGAUGAUGAGACGGACAUGGAGACGUUUCAGAUGGAGAUCGACAGACAGAGCAAACAGUGCACGUUCAGGACCAACGCGGGGAAUUACUGGACUCUUGUGUCCCACGGAGGAAUCCAGUCGACAGCCACUGAAGUAGGUGCCAACACCAUGUUUGACAUCCAGUGGCUGGGGCGUCGUGUGGCGCUCAGGGCCAGUAACGGGAAGUUCAUCUGCACCAAGAAGAAUGGUCAGCUCGCAGCGGUCAGCGACUCUGUGGGUGAGUGGGGGAAAGCAGGAGGACUUGGGCUCGUCUGGACUGACCACUUAUCAUACACCGGGAAGGACGAGCAGCUCGUCCUGAAGCUGAUCAACCGACCCAUUCUGAUCCUGAGGGGGGACAACGGCUACAUCUGUCACCACAAAAGCUCCAACACCCUGGACGCCAGCCGCUCUGUGUAUGACAUCUUCACCCUCCAGUUCAGCAAUGGGGCAUAUCACAUCCAAGGAGCGGGCGGAAAGUUCUGGUAUGUCUCCAGUCCUGGCCUCGUGUGUUCAGACGGCGACACACCUGAGGACUUCUUCUUCGAGUUCCUGGAACACGGCCGCAUCGCAAUCCGGGCCACGAAUGACAAGUACCUGCGCGGGGACCAGGGCGGUACGCUGAAGGCCGAUGGUGAGAACGCGGACAGCUCGUCUCUGUGGGAAUACUGA